AUGUUAAUAAAAUGCCCACAUCAUGGUAUCCAAGACCCUGAUAUUUUAUAUAUUUUCUAUCACGGUCUUAAACCCUCUGCUAGAAAUGUAAUUGAUGCAGCAUCAGGAGGAUCAAUAAUGGGAAAAACUACUACAGAAGCAAUGCAAUUGCUUAAUAAAAUUUCGAAAAAUGUUUUUCAAUGGUCUUCAUACAGAAUGAUUAUCAAAAAAAGAACUGGAGUAAAUCAAGUUGAAGCGUUGAAUUCAUUGACACAACAAAUUGCGACCUUAACACAAAAAAUGGAGGCUUUUCAGGUAGGUGCUCACUCAUCAUCCCAACUUGAGAAUUGUGAUGUUUGUCAAGGUAAUCAUCUGAAUCAUGAAUGCCAAGCUUCAACACAAAAUGAGGAACAAGUAAAUGUGAUUGGUUAUAGAAAUAAUUACUCAUUCGGUAGUCCCAUGGCACAAAAACAUCCAAGAUUUCAGUGGAGUAAUUCUAAUGGUACUGAAAAUCCUCAAAGAUUUUUUAAUCAAAAGCAGCAGGUACAUGGACCAUAUGGUUUUCAAAAUCAAAAUAGAGGGCAACAAAAUUUUCAACAAUAUCAGCAGCAACCUCAAAGAGCUCAUCAACAAAGCCUGGAAGACAUGAUGUACAAAUUCAUUAAGGCUACUGACAAGAAGGUUGAAAGUCAACAUUCAACUAUCAAGAAUUUGAAAAUUCAGGUAAGCCAAUUAGCGACCCUCAUGUCUGGACAAAUUCAAGGUGCUCUACCAAGCAACACUGAGAAAAAUCCAAAAGAACACCUCAAAUCCAUCUCUCUACGAUCAGGUAAAUUUCUUGAUGAUCCAUAUGGGGAUAAAGAAGGAAAGCCACAAGAAGUGAAAAAGGUAAAUGAAGGUGAGAAUAAAAUGGAACCUAAGUUUCCAAAAGAACAAAAGAAUAAAGGGAAAAAUGUACAAGAAAAUGAAUUGAUAACAAAUCCUUACUCUGUACCUCUCCCCUUUCCCCAAAAGAUAAAAAGAGAAAAGCUUGACAAACAAUUUUCAAAGUUUCUAGAUGUUUUGAAGCAACUUUACAUUAACAUACCUUUCACAGAUGCUUUGACGCAAAUGCGUUCAUAUGCUAAAUUUCUUAAGCAAAUUUUGUAA